AGCACAAACAGCAGCGAGCUGACAGCUGCAUGCUCUGUUUUACUGAAAUGUGCAUCUGCGUGCACAUAUUGGAGUGUGGUUUUCCUGACCACUUGGAUGCACUGUACCUCUGAGUGUAUAGUUACAGGGUGACCUCUGGCCAAAUGAUGUGUGAGUAGUAGUGCUGUUGUCUUUUUGCUGUGUUGACUGUGCAGAGAUGGAAGGUGAAGAGGCAAACAAGGAUACGGAGAAAUCUGCAGAUGCGAAGAAAGUGGAUCGUAAAUCGGAGACCAAGCGGUACAGUGAGAUCUUCAGAGACUUUGAUAACCUUGAAUUAUCUAUUGUCUAUUCGACAGGUGAGGAGCUACUGGCAGACACCGACUCACUAUCUAUCCCAGAAUCCAUCUCUACAGAAAGUGCAGACCUCACAGACCAAAAUUGUGAAGGCACAUUUUGUCGGGAGACAAAUGAGGUCAAUGAAGCAGACGGAAACCUAUCAGCUCAGGAUGCAGACUUGGCCCUGUGUCGCUGUCAGGAUGGAGUGGGGACGGCGCUGCAGUAUACCAAAAUAUGGUGCCGCUAUGCCAAAGACAUCUUGGCCUGGAUGGAGAAGAGAAUCAGUCUGGAACAAGAGUUUGCCAAAAACAUAACAAAGGCAGCUGAAGGAGCAAAGGCUAAUGUGGCACAGCAGGAAAUGAUGCCUCUGCAGUACAUCUACACAAUGGCACUGGAGCAAGACAUAAAGAACAGUGUGACAUCGAAACAGACAUCAGAGCUGCUGCAACACCGCUGUUACCAAGCAUUGGCUGCAAAGAGAAACGAGAUUGACAAGUGGCGCAGAGAGUUUAAGGAGCAGUGGACGAGAGAGCAAAGGAAGAUGAACGAAGCAGUGGCGGCUCUUAAAAAGGCUCGGCAGCAGUAUUUUCAGCGCUGUGAUGAGCUGGAGAAGGCCAAAGCCAUCUCUGCUAAAGCUGUGGAUGACACCACUGGAUACAAAACACUGGAUAAGAGGAGGAAGUCCAAAGAUGAAGCCCAGUCUAAGGUGAUAGAAGCAGAGGGUCUUUACAAACACUGUGUGAACGACGCGAAGGUUCAUCAGGACAACUUAGUGAAGGUCAAAGAGAGAAUUAUUUCUCAUAUUCGCAAGCUUAUCUGUCAGGGAGACACAGUGCUGAAGGAGGCCACAGUCAACAUGUUCUACUACCAGAGGCAACAGACAGAGCCUGUGCCGCUAGGGUACCACAACCUGGAGCUGACGUGCAGAUCCCUGGAACCCGGCGAGCCCUACCUGCUCUACAUCCUCAGCAAACGUCACCGGGAGCAGCCACUCCAAAACUUCGUCUUCCAGGAGUACAUCCCUCAGGAGAAAGGGAACAAACGAAAAACCAGCAACCCUCUGAGCUCCCUGCAGGACUCCUCACCCAUGACAGAUGAUGGCAUCUUCAGGCGGACCAGCGACGGCAGGAGAGCAGGCUGCAGUGACAGUGAAAGUAUUGGAGGUAGUAUGGAGUCUCUGUCCAGCCCUGCUCACACUAACCAGAGGCUGCCCAAAGCCUCAUCCACUGGGACGGUGUCAUCAGAUGACCUGGAUGACCGCGACAUGGCGACAGUGUUAGAAUCAGAAAAUAUUGAUGGUCAGCCAAUAAAAGUGCGCACGCCCUCACGAGCUUCACUGACGCACCAGCUCAGGAAGAUGAAGAGCAAGAUGGUGAAAUGCAAGCAGUGCGAAAACUACAUUGUCGUCAAUGGCGUCGAAUGUGAGGAGUGCGGACUGGCUUUGCACAGGAAAUGCACGGAGGUGUGUCAGCUCAAGUGUGAGCACAGGAAGGGGAUUGUUUUCGGUGCGGAUCUCUCGCUGUUGCCUCGCAGCACGCCGGACGAGGUGCCCUUUGUGGUUCGGCACUGCACGUCGGAGAUCGAGAGGCGUGCUCUCUCUGUUCAGGGGGUGUAUCGUGUGAGUGGGUCCAAGCCUCGUAUCCAGAAGCUGUGUCAGACCUUUGAGACCCAAAAGGAGCAGGUGGACCUCUCUGACGUCUCUCCACAUGACAUCACCUCCAUCAUUAAGUACUUCUUCAAGGAGCUUCCAGAACCCCUGUUAACCUUUGACCUGUACAAUGAUUUUGUCACGGCUGGAAAAGCCAUUCAACAUCUGAGCGAAAUAGAGGCUACAAGUGACACUAAAGAGGUGAUGGGCAUUAUUCACAACCUGCAGGAGCUGCUGCAGAAACUCCCUCCUUACUGCUACAGCACUUUACAGCACAUGAUGUCACACCUGCACAGAGUUUCCGAGAACUAUGAGAACAAGAUGUCCCCUAGCAAUUUGGGCAUUGUGUUUGGCCCAACCCUCUUGCGCCCCCUAGUGUGUACAGACAUGUCACUUUUGGCCCUGCUGGAGACCAGUUAUCAGUCUUUACUCAUCGAGUUCCUCAUCACACACCACAACAAAGUUUUUGGCCUUGGCCAGAGCCUGAACACACCUACACCACCAGCUCCCAGUGCACUUCUUCCAGACACCCCUCCCAGAGCUUCUUGCCCCCUCGAUGAGGAAACCUACACUGACCCAGGAAAUGAAGACCCCUCAGAAGAGCGCCUGCAGUCAUUAGAAAGACGAAGUUUCAAGAGAGAAUCAAGCGAGGGUUAUAUAUCUGACAAGUCUUCAUCCAAUGAGGCAGUGGACCAGCUCAACCCUGAAGCCAAUGAAAGAGCAGUCCUGGCUAUGAGAGGGACAUCUGUGGAUCCUCAGGGGGAGCCAACAUCAGCUUUGGCGACUCAGCCACACUAUCGCUUUACCAGACAGCCUGUGAAGUAUUACCGGCAUCAGAACCUUGGAACCCGACUUUCCAACCCUGACCAUACAGCUCGACAGACUGCGGCUGCUGUGAUAGGCCAUCCACGAAGUGCAGACAGCAGCCGCAGCUCCUCUCCAGAGCCAGGGACGCAGAGACCUUCCCAAUGUGUGAAUGCCAACAGUGAGAAAACUCUCCAAGAGAAAAAAGUGGAUGUGUCAUUUAGUCCCAGUGAAGUUGUGCAGUACAUGCUGGGCCUGGAUGGGACUUUUAACGCAGCUGCAACGGAGACACAAUCAGGUACAACGCAGGUGCCUCCUCAUGAGGAGGGUGCUGGAGGUCAAGCUAAUCUGAACGUGAAUCAAUCCAAUAACAGACAGAGCACAUGGGAGGAUCGCGCUCCUGGUCGACCACUGAAUACACUUCCUGUUGAGCAGAACCUGACCUCAUCGUCCCAGAAGAUCCUUAAUGGACUGAAGUUGAGGCGCAGCCACUCAGGAAAGGAUGAGCAGCUUUUUGUGUGAGGCAGAAAGGGAAAAAAAAGAUGCACUGAACAACUGUUUGUGCUGAAGACUUUUAUAUUGGAGAUAAGACUGUGUACAAUGCUUGCAUUUAUUUCCUUAUAUGUACAUUUAGAGGUGUUCAACAACACAGAACAAUACUUUGUCGAUCAGACCACUUAAUUUGGGGAGUCAAGCACAAUAUUAGAAAAUAUUGAAUAAAAUAUAAUGUAACCAUCAGAGAUGUGUUCUGAUUCCUACAAAGUUCAGUGUUUACUUGGACUGGGUUUUGGGUAGGGCUGUGGAAACCAGCAGCUUUGAUGCUUUCGUUGGCAAAGAAAGGUUUAUCGAUCUUGACUUCACUGCAAAUGUUGUGAUCUUUGCCGAAUCAAUGGAUGUUCUAAUUGCAGCACUUGACUGAGGAGUUGCAGUGGCUGAAUCAACACUAACUUCCAUGGCUUCAAUGGCAUCCUGGUCUCAGUGAUCAAAGUGUUGGACUUGUAGAGACAUUUCCAUAUCUCAGCAGUGAUAUUCACGUCUCUCGAUCCUCACCCUCUGAGGUCAAGAGAGGCCUGGGCAGGGAAGAGCUUAUAAAUUAAUGAAGUCACUGGACAGAGGUCAUUCGUGAUGCCUACACAUUUGCAGGACAAAUAAAGUACAAAGUCUUGUGGACCUUGUGAGACUUGGACACUAACCAGUGACCAAACGCAAUGACUGGAUGUCUCGGUACAAGGUUUCUUCUGAGGAUUCUUCAAUGACUGGAUCCUGAAAUAACUUUUUGUCAAAUGGGCAGCUACUUAGAGAAACUCAGAUGAGGACUGUCAGUCACACUGUGAAGGAGCAUCUACAAGAUUUUGAACACAUGGCCCAUUUCUUGGUGCAUGAUCCAGCACACAGGUGCCUCAGUGUUGAGGACCCCAGGGAUUGGAGAAGGUAAAGUAGACGCCCAUAGAGACACUCAGUUGACUACGUCAGAUGAAUGUUACCUUUGAGAGAUGGAGAUAAACAGGUUCUAGGACCCAAGGCAGAUCCAUAAUGAAGUGGAUGCAGCAACAUCACCAUGUGACUGGUAUUUCUUGUAACCUCGGUAUGCUGGGUCAGAUUGAUUUUUU